CUAUUAUAUAGAAAGACUCAAACCUGUUUUAUUAAUCAUCUUCAUUUAAGCGUAUCAAAUUGACUAUUUCAGUUUCUUGCUUGGAUGGCUUGACUUAACCAUUUCAUAUUCGCUAAUUCAAGCAAAGGAUAUCGUGUAUAUAUAUGGGGCGAAACAAAGGUUAAUGAGCAAGCUACGAGGUUGAUUUCAUAUUCCUUUACAUCAUAUCUCCUCAAUCAUCAAACUUUCUAUACUUUCCGAAAAUGCCGGAGAAAGUUGUAUUCAAGUUGGAAGUUUUUGAGGAAAGAAUCAAACGAAGAGCUAUGAAAGUUGUAUGUGACUUUCCAGGAGUUACUUUGAUAGACGUGAAGGAAAAAGGUAAACUAAAGGUGAAUGGAGAAUUUGAUAAGUUUGAAAUGACGAAGAAACUUAAGAAGGUGUAUGAAUUUGUUGACAUUAUCGCGGUUGGGCCGGAUGGAGAACCGGCACAAAAUCAGAAGCUGGUUAAAAAGCCUGAACCUAAAGUGAAGAAAGCACCAUCUUACCGUGGUUGGAAUUUGGGUUUCUUUAAGUGAUCAAUUUGAAGACGUGAUCGGUUUAUUUUCCAUGGACUACUGUAUUCUGAUGAUAUUUCAUCUCAUUUUUUCUGAAAAAAUUGUUUGCCCGUUAUUUGUAAUAAUUAUGUGGCUCUUAUAUUCAUAUUGGCGUUAUAUGUCUUUUGUUAACAUUAUUAAGUUCUGAU